AAGUAGUACUUCGUUUCUUCUUUCCCUUUGUCUCUCUUUUUUCUUUGUUUAUUCUUCUUUUUGCCUUAAGAUUAGCUGCAAAAACCAAAAUCAUACCUUUUCUGUCUCUUCCGAAUUCCCAAUGCCUGGUUCUUCUUCCUUUUUUUCCUCUUCUUGUUGUUGUGAUACCCAUUUCUUGAUAUCUUCUUCUUCCUUCAAGUCUUAAUUUCUAGUUCUACUCAGAAAAAUAUCCCCACAUUCGGACCUCGGUGAACUCUUUUUUUUUCUUCCAGUUGUGUUCAGUUGGUUAGAUCACUAGCCAGGAAGGUUUUGAAUCUUCUCAAGUUAUAGUUAGGGUUUAAAAAGAAGAAAUGCAUGGAAAGAUGUAUUCAACUCGUCCUCCACCUCAGCUCUCCGAUUCAAACCGUCGAAUCAUUGAUUCCAAUGGAGGAACAACUAAACGAGUCUAUGAACUCUGGAAAGGAAGCAAUAGAUUUUUUCUUGGAGGCAGAAUUAUAUUUGGUCCAGAUGCAAGAUCUUUGAUAUUCACCGUAUCCCUCAUUGCAAUUCCAGUCAUCUUAUUUUGUUCAUUCGAUUCGCAAAGGCUCAUAAAUGAGUUUCAUCACAGUCUCGGCAGUCUCAUUAUAGCUAUUCCUGUAAUCCUUACUAUACAUAUUAUGGUUCUUCUCUUCCUUACUUCUGGAAGAGACCCGGGUAUCAUUCCUCGCAAUCCUCACCCACCAGAACCAGAAGAUGAAGGUGGUCCAUCUAGUUUAUCGAAUGACUGGUCUAGAAAUCAGGGUGGUACAUCGGGUUUACCACCAACCAAGGAUGUCCUUGUUAAUGGAAUUGCUGUCAAAGUCAAAUAUUGUCACACAUGUAUGUUAUAUCGUCCACCUCGGUGUUCUCAUUGUUCUAUAUGCAAUAACUGUGUCGAGCGUUUUGAUCACCAUUGCCCGUGGGUUGGGCAGUGUAUUGGAAAGAGGAACUAUAGAUUCUUUUUCAUGUUUGUCUCUUCCACAACAAUAUUGUGCCUCUAUGUGUUUGCCUUCUGCUGGGUAAACAUCAGGUUCAUAAUGGAAACGUAUCACUAUAAUGUCUGGAAGGCUCUUCUGAAAUCCCCUGUGUCAGGUGUUCUCAUACUGUACACGUUUAUAACUUCUUGGUUUGUUGGAGGACUCACAGUCUUUCAUCUCUACUUGAUUUGUACCAACCAGACAACAUAUGAGAAUUUUCGAUAUAGAUAUGAUAGAAAGAUGAAUCCUUAUAACCUUGGAGUGCUCCGUAACAUCGGGGAGGUGUUCUUCUCCAUGAUUCCUAGCUCUAAAAACAAUUUCCGAGCAAAGGUGACAGAGGGGAGCUCAUGUUCAAAUUUCGGCACUUCCCUUUCAAUGGGUCAUCAUCAUGGCAGCACCCCAGGUCUAGAGAUGCCUAAAAGAAGCUUUGAUGUUGAAAUGGGAGGGAAAAGGCAGGGAGUGGUUGACGAGGAGUUUGACGAUAUACAUGGCCAAAUAGAUGGUAUAGGCAGUUUAGAGAGGUGCGAGCCCCAGCCGAGACACACAAACUGGGGAGGUCAUAAAGGCAACAACUGGGAGAUGAGUCCUGAUGUACAUGCAUUGGCUGCUGAGUUUGGAAUGAAUCAAGACGACUUACCAAAGAGACAGAAAAUUAACGGGGGCCUUGAGGUCUGAAUCUUAGAGCUAAGCGGUAUACAUAUCGGCUAGACAAUGACAAACAGACAGACAAGACCAAACCAGCUAACCUGAAGGCAUGAGUAUAGGUUGGGUUUUCUAUUAAAAGAUUAGAUGGGAGGUUGUUCUGUUUGGACUGAGGUGAGGAAGAGAUAAUGAAUGAAUGUGUGAUUGAUGUACAUUUAUACAACCGGAUAUAUAAAUAGAUAGAGGAAGAAUGUUUGUGAUAUAAUUAGUAGUUGUGUUACUUUGCUUUCAAAAAUUUGGGCACUGACAUUUGUUUGUAUUUAUGCAAGUUCUCUUGGAGAAAAGCUGCAUUAUUGUUUUAAGAACCAUACUGAUUGCAUAUUGAACUGUUGAGUGUAUUAGUUUGGCUUGUUUAAUUUAA